GAGCACUUGCAGUGUCAUGUCACAUUACUUUUUGACAAGUAGCAUCUUUCAGCUGAUUACUGUAAAAUUUUGAGCGGAAUUCAUCGCGUGGUUUUAUUUCUAUAGACGAUUAAAGCAAACAAUCUUUGUAUAUUUUUUGCAAAAUGGAAAAAAAUGAGUUUCGUGCAGUGAUCAAACAUCUACAUAUGAAAGGUUUAAUGCCGAAAGAAAUCAAAACCGAAUUGGAUAAUAUUCAUAGCACGUCUGCAUCAGCGUUAGCGACUGUAUACAAUUGGGUAAAUGAAUUUAAACGUGGUCGUACAUCUAUAUGUGAUGCAUCUCGUUCGGGACGUCCAAUUGAGGCUGCUACGCCAGAAAUCGAUAAAAUCCAUGAUAUUGUUUUGACUGAUCGACGAGUAAAAGUGCGCGAGCUUGUUGAAGCCACAAGCAUAUCACAUGGCACAGUGAUUUCAAUUUUGCACGAACAAUUGGACAUGAAAAAGCUCUCGGCAAGAUGGGUGCCGCGUUUGCUUACUGUGGACCAUAAGCGCGACCCCGGCACCGAUGGCCAAAGUCAACGAAUUCCGCUACAAAUUACUUCCCCAUUCACCAUAUUCGCCAAAUUUAGCCCCCUGCGAUUAUUUCCUGUUUUCAAACCUAAAGAAAUGGUUCGGAGGAAAGAGAUUCACCACCAGAAAGCAGCUCAUCGCCGAAACAGAGGCUUAUUUUGAAGGGUGGACAAAUCAUAUUAUUCGGAUGGCUUGAAAAAGUUAGAGAAUCGUUGGAUCAAGUGUAUCGAGCUGAAA